UGGUUUGUCACUGUCACAGCGAGUGCUUGCUGUGGCACAACAGAUAACAUUAAAGUCCUAUCAGUUACUGUAGAUAACAUUAGUUCGAGCCAGAAGACUGAUUCAUUUUUUACAUGUCGAUAAAUAUUGAUAAAAAGAAAUCAUCAACAAUUUUGCUUCCAGAAACUAUUCCCGCAUUUGUGGAACACCCAUUGGUUCACUUCCGCCAGCGAUACGACUGGGACUGUGGCCUGUCGUGUAUUCUAAUGCUAUUGGGGCGUAACGAAAGGCGAACUUUUCUAGCAGACUUCAAAAAUAUUUGCAACGAUGGUGGAUUCGGAGAAAGUACGUGGACCAUCGACCUGUGCUACAUCCUCAAGGACUUUGGUUUGAAGCACAGGUACUUCACCACCACAUUUGGUGCGAAUCAAUCGCAUCUUGGGAAGGAGUACUACAAAUGCUUCAAUGCGGAUGAAACGCGUGUUAAUGAAAAGUUCGCCAACGCAUCGUCCUGUGGCAUUCCCAUCGAGAUUAUGUCGGUAUCGCACCAGUUCCUACAAGAGCAUUUAGCCAACCAUGGCAAUAUAAUUCUACUUACCAAUGCCUCUCUACUGUACUGUGAUCUCUGUAAGAGCAAUAAACUUUCCAUGGAGCUGAGGUCAUGUCUAGGAUUGAAGCCUACUUACAUGGGUCAUUACAUAAUUCUAUGUGGAUACGACCAAAGGAUACAAAAGUUCCUGUACAGAAAUCCAGCAUUUAAGGAUAAGGUUUGCUUCAUGUCGUUCGAUUCGAUAGACAAAGCACGGAAAGCCAGCGGAACUGACGAAGAUAUCAUUUUUCUAUAUGAUAAACAAUUGUGAUACAAAUAGCACGCUUGAUUUUAUAAUGUAGUAUAUUAAGUGCAUUUAAGCCGUUAUGACCCAGCAUAGUAAGGAUUAAAAAAUAUAGACAUUAUAGAUCCCAUAGAUGAGCGGAAACACGAUUGAGUUCGAUUUAUAGUGUUUUUUCGUUUUUUUUUUACAGUGUACUACACGAUUCUGACGUCACACGCUCUACAGUGAUCGUUCGCUAUUGUCUAUACGAGUCAUCGCUGGAAUGUCGCUGGACCGUCGCGUCGCUCAACGCGCGAGCGCUUUCCAGUUUGGUGCUGCAGCGACGCAUUGAAUUUACCUGCGUCGCUGGAGCACUUACUGGAAAGGGUCGCCAGCGACCAGCGACGUUUCAGUCGAGCGACGUAGUUGGGACAAGCUCAUACAUGUUCUUGAUUUCAUCUGCAUCGACGAUAAUUGGGGCACGUUCUGACAAGCGUCAAUGUUGUUUACUUUUCGAAUUGAACAAAAAAAAAUUUAACGCGCCAGAAAAUAUCGAUCUCGCCAAACACGGAAACAAAACUCGUUUUUGACAUCACAUUCUGACGUCUAGCUGCUUUUUAAUUGGGUUUCGCCCCAAUUAGCGAACCCCCAACUAAAAAGCGCCCAAAAGCUCCAAUUAGCGAACGUUCACUGUAUUGCUUAAAUUGCAAUCGUGAAUUCAUGCUCGUUUGGUCACACUAACUGACAGUUCUUAUGGCUACACUCGCCUUCGACUCAGCUCGUUUAUGGAAUCUAUAGUGUCUAUAGUAAGGAACGGACGAAUGAGUAACAAAUUUUGAAAUAUACCUAUACUGUUGUGAAUCGCAUAUCUGUCAUAUCUUUGCUGGGUGUCCCAUUCAUAUGGGACAAAUAUGCGAUUCAGUACAGUAUAUUAAACAUAUCGGCCCGAUGCUCACGUAGCGGUUUUGCACUUGAAAGUAAUACCGCCUGAAGCAGCUUGAACCACCCUCUAUACCCAUCGAAGCGGUUUGGAACUUGCAUACAUGCAAUUGCGGUCGCAAGUGCCCUGCAUCGAAUGGAAUCAUAGGGCCGAUGCAAACGUAACGGUUUUUCUAGCACCGUGCACGUCUCGUCUACUACAAUAUUCAUAACUUUAUAGGACAGGAAAAGGGCAUAAAUUUGAAAAAAAAAAUUGAAUACUAAGAAGAUUGGAAAGUAGUUUAAAUUCAAAAGCAGAAAAGUUUACAUCAUCGUGUACAUGUUUUGUCGUCUAUAGUCUAUAUUGUUUUAGAUAGCGCUUCCAUUUAUUUAAAUCUAGGUCAUAACGGCUAACAAGGAUUUCGGAUUCCGUCUAAAGCAUUAAACAAUUCAGCUUCUCUCCAUUCAUCACAAUUAGUUUAUAUUUUUUAAUAUCGCAAUAAACAAAGUUUAGCCCUACAAGUAAAUUUCUAAUUAUUUAUUUUGUACAUUUUAAUAAUAACUUUAAGUUAAAAUAAA